CAGAAAAGUAAGAUACUUUUAAGUUAUAGGAAAUAAAUAAAUAAAUAAAUAAAGGAUUCCUCAGCCAUAAACAUUGCUGUCUGCUGCAGGCUCUCUGUUUCCCUCUGUUAACUUAAAAGACUUUUUCUUCAGAUCUCUCUUUCUUCUUCUUCGCUUGCUUUUCGAGCUUCAGAUCUCCAUAAGAAACACGUUACCCUUUGACCACCUCCUCUUCCUUAUCCUUAACAAAGAUGAACAACUCUGGAGUCCAACAAAACUCGUUCGAGGAGACCAGGAGAAACUCCUCCGUUGUUUGUCCUCAACCACGUCGUGUCGAUGUCCUCGACCACCAUCACUUUGCUCAAUCUCUCCGGUGGCAAGUCAGUCAUGAGAUGGAGAUAUGUGAAUCGAAUUUAAGAAGGAAGGAGAUGUUGGAUUUCAUCCUCACAAAGGGUGGUGGUUGUGAGCAAGAAGAUCCUUUCUUCACAGGGUCACCGCCAAGUAGAGUUUCUAACCCUUUAACAAAAGAUUCACUCUUUAAGGAAGAGCUUUUCGUGGUGGCUCCUCCUCCUCUGACCACUCCACGCGCAACCAAGCCGCCACCACCGUCGUCUCCAAGGAGCGGUGGUGGCGGUUGUGUUAGGGCGGUGACUAACUUUGGGAACAAACCUCCUGUUCGUGUCGUGGGAUUCAGUUGCCUUGACAGGGACAGACGCAGCAGCGUUCCGACUCUUGCUUAAAAGAGAACUGCAAAUAUAUAACAGAUAUGGAUUAAAAAAACAAUUAAAAAGAGGUUUAGUGAUUAUGAUGAUGGAUUAUGUGGGGUUUUUUUGGUGAAAAAAAUGUUAAAAAUUUGGGUAAUUUAAAAAAGGGCUGUAAUAUAAAAUUUAGGAUUUUGGGUCCAAUUUGGGAAUUUUUGUAAGUAAAAAUGGGAAGAGAUGUGAGUGGUUUGGUUUCAUUAGUGAAAAUAAGAGCAUUAGUGUUUAUUCCUUAUUGUAAGAAAAAAGGAAAGAAUUUUGAAAUGUGAAGAUAUCAUUUCUAUGUUGUCUCUUUUGUAAAUAUGUAAAUUUUAAAGGAACUGAAUAUUUUCGAGUCUUAUUUAUUCUCUGUUUUGUGACAAACGUUAGUGGAUUAGAGUGCAUUUUCAUUUAAACGAAGUAAUG